CAAAACUUCAAUUCGAGACGUUCAAAGCAGAGAGAUCUGGUCGUUCUUUGACUCGCCAUUGUGCAACGUCGAAGCCGCAAUUCAUACCACCGUGGAUCGGAGUGAGUCGAUCGGAGCUCAAAGUGUAUGUUCCCAUCAAGCGAAGAGAGGCUGCUGAUUGCUCAUUGCACCCUAGCUGCUGCACCCUGCGGCCUACGGCAUGCGUACCUACACCAACCGUACCGCUACCCUCGCUCCCAGCCGGAGUCGGAGGUAUAGCAGGCAUUGGGUCGGAGCUGACGUGAGAAAACACAGCUUGUAUCACCCAUUCUUGACCUCGUCACGCGUGCAAGGGCGCCCAACAUCGCAUUCGCCAAUCCUUUCUCGUUCGGCUUUCUUCAAAUGAAGAAUCAUCACGAGCCAGUCAUGUUUGAAAGAGCAAAACCCCC